UGCAUUUAUAAAAACCCCAAAAUUAAGAAAACAGACAAACUAUUAUAUAAUUACAUUAGUCAUGGCUGAUUUUUUAGUGGGAUUGAUUGGAAUUCCGUAUGGAGUUCUAAUGCCCUAUAUUGACAUGUCUUUGAAACAUACUGCAAUUUGUGUUUCUCGAGCAACUUUGUUGCUUAGUUUUUGUAAUAUAUCAAUUUUAAGCUUGGUUUUUAUAUCUUUAAGGCGAUUUAAUAUUUUGGUAAAUUCAAUUGACAUUUUACGUAAUUUUAAUUGUUCUUCAAAAGAUAUUUACUUUUCAGUCCGUUAAUAAGCCACGAAAUGAUGCAGCAUCCACAAAAAAUGUUAUCAUUGAAAUCAUAAUUCGUUCGAUACUUGGAUGUUUUACUGGAUUUAUUCCUUUCUUAUCAUCUAAAGAAUGGGAUCAAGCAUG